GUUCAAGCAAAAGCGUCCCAGUGUGCUUAAACACACGCGCACACACAAAUGUUUGUCUUUAGCCGCCAGCUUUGUAUGGCCCAUUUCCGGAAACUGGCAAUAAUAAUCUUUGGCAAACUGAGAGAAGGCUGUAGUUUUGUUUUGGCUGCAGUUUGUCAGUGGGAAAGAGCAAAGAAGACUGCAGACUGUAACCAGCGACAGGUGAAACUCUCUGUCGACUGUUAACAGUAGCCCACGUUGAAGACUGACCUUCACUGAAACUGGGCGGAUACAAAUCUUUUCAGUGGUUUCAUCGAGCUGGCUUACCUUAUUCUAAGGAAAGCGGUGUGCUCACUGGGCUGUGUGUUGUUGGCGGGGCUGGAGCAUCGACUAGAUGAUGUACCGAAAGAGAGAUAUCCCGGCUAAUGUUUGGUCUGCAGAAGGAGUGGAUCCCAACACCGUACAGUCCACCAGGGACACCAAGAUGAAUCCAGGUGGACACGUCACUCACCAUGAGACAUACGAAAAGGCCCGUGAACUCUUCCAGUUGUGUGACAAAGAAGAGAAGGGCUUCAUUACCAAGCGAGACAUGCAGAGACUGCAGAAUGAGUUACCUCUGACCCCUGAGCAACUGGAAGCUGUCUUCGACAGUCUGGACCAGGAAAACAACGGCUAUUUAACACCCUUGGAAUUCAGCAUGGGAUUUGGAAUAGCUUGUCAGAUCCUGUCUCUCGAAUGCACAGGACAAUUCAUAGGUAAUGAGGUAUUGCCAACAACGGAGUGUCGAGAAGGCUCCAAGCUCGAGGAAACUUUUGAAUCUGGCUGGCCUGACGACCUGGAUAUCAUCGACGAUGAGGAAGAGAAACGGUUUUGCUUCAUGAUGCAACAACUUGGUGCCUCACAGGUCUUUGAGGAUCAAAGUGAAGUGAGAGAGCUAUGGACCAGGUUGCAGAGAGACAAGCCUGAGCUGCUAGCUAACUUUGAACAGUUUUUAUCUAAAGUUUCAACACAUAUCCAGGAGGUGCAAAAUGACAAGGCAACCAUGGAGCAGGCAUUGAAACGGAAGGAGUGUGACCAUGAUCGAGAGGUUCGAUGCUUAUAUGAAGAAAUGGAGCAGCAGAUUAAGAGAGAAAAAGAAAAGUUGUUAAAUCAGGAUGUGUGGAAGCACAGUGACCGAAACCAUCAGCUACAGAGGGAACUGAGCAAUAAGGAGCAAGACUUAGAAAAUAUCAUUCAAAAGCAGAAGAAGUUGGAACUACAACUUGAGGAGUAUAACUAUGAACACACAGAGACGAGGAUUCAGAAUGAAAGAUUGAGGCGGCUGAAUGAGGACUUGCAGGACCAGCUGGAUCGGACGAAGCAAGACUUAGAGAUGACACGACUAAAUCUUCAGGUCCUUCAAGAUGAGGCUCGCUAUGAACAUGAAAUGAAAGCCAGGGAUGUCCUGAAGGUGUCAAAGAACAUGCAAAAGGAAAGAGAAAGUCUAUUGAGGCAACUAGAACUUCUCAGGGAGAUGAACAAGAAACUCCGAGAUGAAAGGGAUGCCUAUGAAGCCAAGAAGCUGACUUCUCCCAGCAAAAAGCCUCUGUUGAAGAGAGGUUCAGUGAUAGGGAAUUACCUGGUGGAAGACAAGCCAGUCAAACGACAGCUUGUUGCUGCAGAUCAGUCUCCCAUUGCUGCAGAGGAUGUGACAUUGGAGCCCAGCAAGAAGAACUGCCGAUAUGUCUCCAAGGAGGCAGGCAUGGGGAGUGCUGGUGAUGAAGAGCCGUGUAGUCCAACAUUGACAGAAAACCAAAGCCCACUAGACGAGGCUGCAGACUGCAGGGUAGGUGGACUACCUAUGCACACUUCAGAAGAGGAAGAAUUUGAUGAUGUCCCACUUCCUCCCAGAGGCCAACCUAUUGGCAUCGAAACAGCGCAGUCUGAAGCAUCGGGCUGUUCCCCUGACAGAAUAUUUAAAGUGGUGUUCAUUGGAAAUUCAGGUGUCGGAAAGAGCUCAUUUAUCCAUCGAUUCUGCAAUGACCGAUUUAUUUCAGAGAUUAAUCCAACAAUUGGCAUCGACUUUCAAGUGAAGAGCUUGCUUGUAGACAAAAUCUGUGUGGCACUGCAGCUGUGGGACACUGCAGGACAAGAAAGGUUUCGCAGCAUAACCAAGCAGUAUUUCCGCAAAGCUGAUGGUGUGCUGGUGGUGUAUGAUGUUACAUCCGAGACUUCGUUCACUGCUGUCAGGAAUUGGAUGGUCAGUGUUCAGGAAGGAGUGGAUGAGAGAGCAGCUAUUUGUCUACUUGGCAACAAGAUAGAUGCUCUAGACUGUGAACCACGACAGGUAUCCAAAAUGGAAGGUGAAAGGUUAGCAGAGGAGUACAAUGCAGUAUUCUACGAAUGCAGUGCCAAAUCAGGGUACAAUGUAAUGGAACCUCUGAUGCAUGUGGCAAGAUUGCUGAGCGAACAGGAAGACAAACAGAGAGAAGAUGCUUUGCAUUUAGAUGAUGACUGCAGCAAGAAGAAAGGUUGCUGCAAAUGAAAAUGAAGGAAGGUCCACUCGCCGUGGUCACUAGAGAAAAUGGAUAACUUAAACAACUUGGCAGCCUCAUUCAACAUUCCUUAGCUAUAGGAACUUGCCCUUAUUGUUUGACCAUAUUUGCCUUUAGAACCAUUCUUGCCUUUGAACCUAGAUGUACUUUUGUUUUUGAUAUGUGUGUGCUGAUGUAUCCUAUUGUUUUACCAAUUUCUACUUAGUGCAGCACACUGUGGCAAAAAAAACUGAUAACAAAUUUUGAACAGCGUAACUUCAGAAUUAACAUGACUAUACAUUGCAAUGAGGUAAUGGAAUUGACAAUGUAUUCCUGUGGUUGACAUCUGAAGCAUUUGGCAACGAAUGGACCAGUUUCUGUUGUAUAAGACAGAUACAUUUUCAAUAUGCAUAUUAUUUCAUUGUGCCAAGCAAUCCAAUAGCAAGAGAUGAGCUAACUGAAACAAUAACCGACUCAACAAUGUGUCCUUUGAUUCCAAACAAAGCGUGUGUACAUCAUUCACUGCUAUUUUACAGUACAAUAAUGUACAAGCAGCAUACAUUAAUGAUGCCUUUAGUUUAUUAAUAGGGUCAAGUAUGCAGCCAAGUAGAAUAAAUCUUUAAAAAACAAUUAGUCCAGUGACUGAAACUGUAUAAAAUGAACAAAAUGUGAAAUAUUUAUUAAUCUCACUUGAAGUUUUUGGAGACUCCAGAACUUUGCAAACAAUGUAGUUUUAGGGAAAACUGCCAUAUGAGCUCCCUCCAACAUUCACUGUCAAUUACCUUGUACAUGUAAUGGACAAGCUAACAUUGUUGAAAUUUAGUUUAUAGACAAAGUUUGUGUUCCAUUCCAGGUAGCUCUAAAAGCCUGGACCUUUUUAAAACUGCAUAUUAAAAAUAUAUAUACCAAUAAUAAUUUAAAUGGGGAUGAAAAUGAACAGUUUCAGCAGCAAUUGAAUCAGCUUUUUUUUUAGAAAAGUUUACAUUUCCCUGAAGGUGUCUCAAUAUUAUCAAAAGUUCAAUUACUCUCGUGAAAAACUGCCACUUCAGAAUGAAAGCAAUCCAGGUUUGACACAGCGGCUGCAAUUUAAAGACAAACUGGUCUAUCAGAGUGAACAUUAAAUAUUGCUGAGAAAGAAACAGAUUGUCGAUGCUUUUCAGUUUGUAUUUAUCAGACCAAAUCCAAGAAUGUAAAAUUUCAAAUGAUCAAAACAAUUCAUGCCAUUAUUCUGAAUGGCAAAAUGGCCAUAGGUGCAUAUGUACAGAAUUAGUGAGGUCACUUCACCACAACACAGCCUUCUUUGCCAAGAUGCAUCUGCGCACAUAUUUACCAUGGAGUCUGUUAAAUUCUGUUUUAAUUUUACAGUGAUUUCCAUGCUUUAGAGUUUUUCUCCUUUAAGAUCAGAUUGCUCAUUGAUUUUGAUCAAGGGGAUAGUAGACAGACCAAUACUUUUUUAAACCAAACACGUAUCCAUCAAUCUGACCAGAGAUGACUCUUGUAUGAGCAGACCAUAGAACGACAUUGAAUCCUCUUCAGUUAAUAUUUAAAGCAAAUGGAACAUUGCAAAGCAUUUCAGUAAAAUCAGGGAAAUAUUUCUUUGCACAAAAUGACUUUGAAAGUAGUUCUUAGAAAGUUUUGAAUUUUUAUUGAAACGUUUUUAAGAAUCAUCAAAGCAGGAGGUGAAAAGUCUGUUGAUAUCAGCGAGCACCUCAGGAGUCAGACUCUUCCAGGCAGCUGAUGUUCCAAUACCAAGCUGUGUUUUGAGUAUGUUCCGGUGCAGUGGCACCUAGUGGUGCCAUAUGCAGCUCUAUACCACAGACAAAAUCAGUGCAAAGUGUUGUGAUGGGUUCCUCAAGUUCCUAGGUAAUGCAAAAAUGGCACAAGACUUGAAAAUUUUCUCAUUGCUCUCAGAAAAUGGGUCCCUGCUUACGAAUGCGUGUUGCUUCCAGCAAAUAUGAAUUCACUACAACAUGAACUUAAGUAAUGAUCUUAAAUUGGUUGUUCAUAUAGCUGUUAGCACGCAAGUACGAUCGUUCAGUAAUCACAUUUAACUUCAGGUCUUUUGUUUUGGGUUUUGCAAUUGUGGAAUGGCUGAGUAUAGUCUAUCCUCCACCUAUUAUGGACAACCAAAGAAACAUUGUUAGAUUUGAUUAGCCAAUCACUGAGAAUUUUGGCCCACAUCCCUGGUAUUGUACCAGCAAUGAAUUUCAUACACAAUGCCACUUGACUGCAUAAGUAGAAAGAACACUUUUUUUGGACUGACUGCAGUAUCUUGUUAGUAGGAAAACAUCUUUCAUAUAUCCAAUGCACAAGAAGAGUGUGGAACCACUUUCUUAAUCUAUUGCUCAAAAUACUGAGAACUCUGCCUUUCCAGUGCAUCUUGAGGUAGUACUUUUCAAGAUUGGAAGUGGUUGUAUUUGGCCUAUUUGCAAGUUUUUGUGACACUAAACGAAUGAUGAUCUGAUCAGGAUAGCCUUUGUCUUGCAAGUUAGCUGUGUUCUAUUUCAGCAUGAAGCUUGUCGCUGGGGCACUAAUUACACAUGAAGCUAUAAAAUUCCUCAUACGUAUUCACCCGUGAAGCCCAACUAUGUAGACCGUAGUGGAAGUUUGUGCCUUCCUUGAAUUACAGAGGAGCUGGGACAGCCUAUAGUCCACAGUGAUUUUCUCAAUGCCAAUGUCUUGGUUAAACGGAAGUGACCUGCUAAACAGGAAGUACCUAAUUAUCUGGUAAUAAAAAUUAUGAUCGAUUGAAAUGGCAUUCUUGCAUUUGUCUUGAUGAGUGCAAAUGAAAAUCUUUGGCAAAAAGACUUUUUUGAGCAAAUUUCAUGUCUGUACUACCAAACUGUGUACUAACUAUUGUUAAUGCUAUAGAUUGUUGUUCAUUAUUGUUUGUGGGUUACCUAUCCAUUAAUUGUCCUGCAACAGUGUGUGUUGUGAUGUCACACACAAAAGCUUGCUGACUUCACCUGCAAACAACAGGUUACAAUCAUUUAAAGUUCUUUACUUUUUGAGGGUUAAUGAAAAAUAGCAGGUGUUGAUCCAACAACUCUACAAACAACAAAAUGCUUCACAUAAAUUACUGUGGAUGCUGGAAAUUUGAUAUCAGAAAAUGAUGGGAAUUCAUGUCUGGCAGCCUUGUGACAAGAGAAAAAGUUAACUUUGAACGCCCAAUAAUCCUACAUUGAAAAACUGUAACUUUGUUCUUUUCCCACAGAUGCUGCUUGACUGAGCAUUUCUAGUGUUUCCUCUUUCAUGUUUUAUAUAUGCCAUCUCACAUGCCAGAAAUAGGUCUCUAUUUUGAUGGGAAUAAACUAUUAUUGUGUUCGGAAUCGUGCCCAUUCAUGUUAACAUUUAGUUGAGAAAUACUUGAUCUUGUAUAAUUUCAGAUGCUUUGGUUUUAGCAGUUAAUGUACCCUUGUUGAUCUCUGUAAGAAAAAAAAACUUGCAUUUAUAUAACACCUUAUCAAAUUCUGGAGACCUCCCAAAGCACUACACAAUCAGUGAAUUCCUUUUGUUGAUAAAUGGGCAGAAGUGUAUAAUAAUUGGAUGCCAAUUUUUGUGAUCAGGAAGCUUUUAUCACUUUUUAAAUAAAGAUGCUACCACAUCAGUAGUAAUUCAUUGUUCUUGUGCUAGAAACCUCCUUAAAUAGGAACUUAAGGAAAUGUGGGAAAAAAAUGAAAGAACUGCAGACGCUGCCAAUCAGGAACAAAAACAGAACUUGCUGGAAAAGCUCAGCAGAUCUGGCAGAAUCUGAGAGGAGAAAUCAGAGUUAAUGUUUCGGGUCUGGUGACCCUUCCUUGGAACUGAGGAAGGGUCACUGCAUCUGAAGAAUUAACUCUUGAUUUUUUUCUUCACUUUAGGAAAUGUUUUGUUUUCAACGUUUUAAGGAUAUCUUGGAUUCUUUCCCAGCAUUAUUGAAACUGGACAAUAAAUAAUGCACUAUAGUCAAUUAUUUUGCUGAAUGAAAUGCUUGAAUUAUUUACAAGUUUCCUCCCUCUGACAUGAAGAAAUUCAUUCCUGUGGAGGCAUGGUUCAAUUUAAAAAAAAGUCUCACUGGGAGAGCUGGUAACUAUUGACCAUUUCUAGUUAUGCUGGGAAAAUAGUGGUGGGCUAUCUUCUUGAACCAUUUUCGUAACGUGGUCGAGUUCUUCCACAACAUAAUCUAUUUUUCAGUGUAACACUUCGGUUCAACUGAGUGCCUUGCUGGGCACUUUACUGUCUUCUAAAGUGGCCCAGGUUAGUGUACAACUGGAGGCUCAUAGAUCAAACUGGAUGGGGACAGAAUAUUAUGUGAAGGAUAUUGUAAUCCUGAAAGAACUAGUUGGUAUUUCAAUGACAAUCCAAAAUUUUAUGGCUACUUUCACAGAUUCAAGAUUUUUAACUGACAAAAUUUUUGAUUUAACUCAGUCACUGCCAGCAACACCACCAGACUGCUCGGAUGGCUUUUUAUUUUGUUUGUUUGCUGCUUAUUUAUCAGCACAAUACAAUUCCUGGUGGUUUAGAGGUUUUUGAGUUCAAUUCCCAAGUCAACACUGGAACCCCUAACCUAGAAGGGUACUUAAGUGCAAUAAACUGGGGAUUUGUAUUUUUCAAUCUCUGGAUUAAGCAGAAGCAGCUCUGUCCAGUUUACUGAUCUUAAAGAUUCCAUUGCUCUAUUUGAAGAGUUUCAUGUCCCAAUAAUUUAUUAACAUUUACUUCUUAAUUGGCAUGGUUCAAAUUAAUUUCACCUGCUGUUUCAAUCUUGUGAAGAAAAUCCCAAUGUGACAAGGCUGUUAAAUCCAAGUUCUUUUCUUUCUACCAUUGUAGUACACUACUUUGAGCAGUAUGAAAACUGUUUUCAAUGGAUUCUUGUUCAUUCAACUUGUGCUCGAGAGAACGAUCACAUCAAAACUAUUUUACUUUAAGUGUCGAAAAAUAAUAAA